UCGAAUUUUCUCGCUAUGGUACACGUGAGGUGAAAUGACAACAGUCUCACUUCAACAGUUCUUAAACAUUGAUUGAUCAAAGUGACAGAAGAUUCGAUAAUUAAGUUUGGAUGUUACAGAUUUCUUGUUAAGCAAAUGGGCGUUGAAACUGCUCAUAUGAUUGUCGAUUCCAUGAACACCGGUAGUUAUAUGUAUGCAACACUUGCAGUAAUUCGAAUUUUCUCUGACUUUUUUCGUAUAUGCUAUGUCCGAGGGAGAUGUCAGAGAAUAAGAGUUGGGGUUGAUGCAGAUGUAAUGUUAUAGAGACUUCCUCUUAGAGAAAGAUGUGGUCCUUGAGAGCAAUAGCAAGGUCAUUGAGGAUUCACAGGAGAACAAAUAGAAAGUUUUCUUCAACCUCAAGACUGUCUGUGGAAAGAAGAGGUAUCUACUAUCCCAAUGAAAAGAUUAAGAGUAUGGAUGACUUUUGUAAAUAUGCCAGCCCUGAAGAGAAAUCCCACCUGGUGAUGAUACAAGCAGAGUAUGUCAAACUCUGCAAAAGCAAUAUUGCAAACAUGCCAGAACUGACAGAUCAAGAAUGGUUAAUUCAUAUGAAUUAUGACUCAAGAAAAGGGAGAGAAAAGCAUUUAAGGUUACUUCAAGUAAAGAAAGACAUACAGGAGGUCAAGAAGCAAAAGAGGCAGCCUCAAACAGAACCACAAUACAACCCAACCAAUUUCUUUCAAGAACUUUUCUGGAUGUCAGAAAAGAAAAUCAUUCAAAAUCGUGUGGCUCGGGCUACGAUGCUGGAAGACCCCAUUCUGGUGGACCUGGGUUACGCCGACAUGUUGUAUUAUAAUGAAAUCAUCGACGUGGCCAGACAUUUAUUCUUAUCAAUCGGUGACAUCAAUAGAUCAGCGCUUAACCACACGCCGACAUUUAAUGUAAUAUUUUGUAACGUGAAACCCUCAGUGGAAGAGAAUGAGAUCUUGAAGACUAUGCGAAGGUUGUUGACGGAAGAUUGCAGCAUGAGUAAACUUCCCGUGACUCUUACAGAGAAGAGUUACCUGGACCUGUUUCCAAAGAGAGACCUAGUGUACCUGUCGCCCGAUGCGGAGCAAUAUUAUCAUCCUGCGGAGGGAAUCCCAGUCAUUGCGGGCCUGAUACACAAAACAACAAAAGACAAGCUAGCGCUUCAUAGAGCUUACAAAGAAAAGAUUAAAGUACGGAGACUUCCCAUAGAUUUAAUUGACAAAUUAACAGUGCCUCGGUUGCCCAUUAACCAUAUUAUUCAAUAUGUCGCAGCAUUGCGAUUUACAAGGGACUUGGAAAUAGCAAGAAAAGCUUUGCCAAAAAGAAUCAUCAGUGGUCCAGCAGCUAAAGGGAAAAAAAUUUCUAAGAUAUUGUGAUAAUAAUUAUUUUAGUAUUUGUUCAGUGUUAUGUUAAUAUAAUGUAAAUUACAUGUAUUGAAUCGUACAUGUAUAUGACAACAAAUUUGUUUUAACAUAUCGAUACUGCAAGAUGUUGCAAGGGGAAAAUCUAUUAUGUUUUUAUUUUCCAUUGAAAUGAAUAAAUAAGAGAAUCCAUUGUUUAUACCUGCAUUUAUUAAACUCUUCUAUAUGAAACUUAUACAAGGGUAGCUCAAAAAGUAAUGUGUAUUUUAGCACAGCAUGAUGAUGCUUUGCUCUAUUUUGGUGAUGAUGAUACUCUUAGUGUUACAUGUCAGCAUUUAUACAAGAAGUCAUUUUACUUAAUAAGCUUAAGAAAUAUUAAAUGCCCUGUGUCGGGAUUUAGGCAUGUUUGUCUACUUUAUCAUGGAUUAAUGCUUCAUCACAUUACACCUGGAGCUGUCUCACUAAACAGCGUACGCCUGGCGUAACUUACGCCUUCAUGGCGUUAAUCCAGACUUAAUUCAUAAACACUCAUAAACCA